AAAACCCAACUUCCCUCAACUCCCACGCUAAAACUGUCAACUGCCCUCCCCCCUCCGCUUUACUCAAAACACCCCAUUUAUGUCGAGCAGCAGUUUCCGGCGGAGGAUUCCGGCAAUUUCUAGUACAAGAAACAACAAGACACGCCUCAAUCUCUCUCAAUCUCCUCACCGGAGAACUCCUCCGACGAAUCGCGCUCUUUCCAAGCCCUCCAUCUUCACUCGAUGCUCCUCGGAGCCCAACCUUUGGGCCAACGCCACCGCCGCUGCUGAUCGGACUGUGUCAUCGGAGAAGGAAGGGGAAGAGGUUGUUAUUUUCCGUCCUCAUAAGUUUUCGGAAGCCUUUGCUUCAUCCCCUCUCUUGAUUCCUUCUCCGGCUUCAUUCCUUGAGGGGUACAAGAAAGAUGCUAAAGUAGUGAUCAAUGUGACAGUGGAAGGGAGCCCAGGGCCAGUACGAGCCAUGGUUAAACUAGGAUCCAGUGUGGACGAGACAAUUAAGCUUGUUGUUGCUAAAUAUGGUGAAGAAGGAAGGACUCCAAAGCUUGAACCAAAUGAUUCACCAUCUUCCUUUGAAUUGCAUAACUCAUAUUUCAGCCUCCACAGUCUUGACAGGAGAGAAACAAUAGGGGAAAUUGGUAGUAGAAGCUUCUAUCUUAGAAAGGUCCAUAGCUCUCAUGGAGAAAAUGGAGGACAAUCAUCUACUCCUUCCACCCAAGCAAGUGGAAGUACCAAAGAAAUCGGAGAUGUUGCUUUACCAAUUCCUCCUGGCUUCUUGCUUUCUAGCUUCAUUGCUAGGAAAAUGGGCAAAAUUGUAAGAAGAACAAGAAAGCUAUGGAAUUUCAUUGUCUGCUUGAAGUAAGAGUAUAUAUGAGUCUAACCAAAAAUUAGAAAUCAAAGAGUAACACAGCAUAUUAUAUAUGUUACUCUUUAACAUUAUUUUCCUAUUUUCUUUGUUUUUGGGUAUUUUGUCCUCUCAUUACAUUUAUUAUAUGAGGGGAAUUCUCAAGUUUAUGAGUUGAAGAAAUACCAUUUGAGUUUGGCUUAAAUGGACUAAAUAAACUGUAUAUAGAAUAUAUUCUUAUUUGCCUUUGUUAUUUAUAGGCAUCGUAUUGCUACAAGAUUGUAAUGGUAAAUAGAGAAAAUUCAAUACCAAAACUUUUAUUCAGAUUC